AUGGAUCAGAUCGAAUCGACCGGACUAGUCACUGUGGCUUCGUACAGGAGAAGACAUCACCUUGCGGAGGAGGUGCCAGGACUCUACAUUCGGCGCCUGACCCUCGAGGAUCCCAGGAGAAGAGAACCGUCCGGUUCAAGGUCGCAGUCCCCGGCGCGCCAUAUCUGUCAUCCUCGUAGCGGUUACGCGCCCUUGGCGCGGGGAUCCUCGAGCUACAGGUCCUGGAUAGAAAGACUUCGGAAGGAGAAUCCGGCUUUCUUAACGAUAGUGUCCUUGGAACUUCCGGAAUCGCCGAUCCCUUUGAUAGAAUCUCAAGCAAACGCGCGCUGGAGACGCGUCGACUCCGGCGAAAUUACGAACGACAGGGACGACAUUCUGGACGAAUUUUUGGAAAAAGUCACCGAAGUCGGAAAAGGAAGUGCAAGAGAGAGUCGUGCUUCCGAGAAAUAUGAUGUAUCCCGGAAAAAUCGACGCGAUAACAAAAAACACGAACCGCUAGAAUGUACGAAAAUGGUCGCCACUCUCGAGGAAUGUACGAGAAAUAUUAUUGAAGGACCGAAACGCGAGGGAUCCGCUGGGAUAGAUGCCGACGACGACUGCAUAUGCUCCGAGAUAUCGAAGAGUCUUCGAAUCAACAUUCGCAGGCGGACGGAGGUCAUGGCGCGCAUUCCGAGUCCGGAAGUGACUCACAACGUGCGAAUCGCGACGAAGUGUCGCGACCGGUUGAGAUGCGAGAUCGCGAACGACGAGAAUCUCGAAGAGGAGGACGAGGAGAGAGCGGAGGAAGACGAGAGAAGAGUAACGAAGAACGACGGGAACAAGAAGGAUCUUCAAUCGAGGCGAGAAUCGGCAAGAUGCGAUGCCAGUCGCCGCGUCGCCAGCGCGACGAACACCGCGUUAGACUUCACGCUAAAUUGCAAUAGCGUGCGACUGACUUCUCGUGACACAAGCCUGAAGACGCGAAGCGAGAAGUAAGAAACGGCCGGAAACGCAGA